AGUCGGAGGUGGCGAGCAGCCCGGGGCUCUUGCAGAGCGAAGAUGGAGCAGGAGGGCCAGGAGAAGAAGAAGGAAGGGAGGCUGACCCUUGUACUCGCCUUGGCCACCCUGAUAGCUGCCUUCGGGUCGUCCUUCCAGUAUGGCUACAACGUGUCUGUUGUCAACUCCCCAGCUGAGCUCAUGAGGCAGUUCUACAACGACACCUACUACGACAGAACCGGGGAGCUCAUCGACGAGUUCCCCCUGACCUUGCUGUGGUCCGUGACUGUGUCCAUGUUUCCCUUCGGAGGCUUUGUUGGGUCCCUUCUGGUCGGCCCCUUGGUGAAUAAAUUUGGCAGAAAAGGGGCCUUGCUGUUCAACAACGUGUUUUCCAUCGUGCCUGCCAUCCUCAUGGGGUGCAGCGAAGUCGCCAGGUCGUUUGAGCUCAUAAUUGUCUCCAGACUCCUGGUGGGAAUAUGCGCAGGUGUGUCCUCCAACGUGGUCCCUAUGUACCUGGGGGAGCUGGCCCCCAAGAACCUGCGGGGCGCCCUCGGGGUGGUGCCGCAGCUCUUCAUCACCAUCGGCAUCCUCGUGGCCCAGCUCUUCGGCCUUCGGAGUAUCCUCGCCAACAAAAAAGGCUGGCCCAUCCUCCUGGGGCUGACCGGGGUCCCGGCCGCCCUGCAGCUGCUGCUCCUGCCCUUCUUCCCCGAGAGCCCCAGGUACCUGCUGAUCGGGAGGAAGAACCAAGAGGCCGCCAGGAAGGCCCUGCAGACGCUGCGCGGCUGGGACGAGGUGGACGAGGAGCUGGAGGAGAUCCGGCGGGAAGACGAGGCGGAGCGGGCGGCCGGCCUGGUGUCCGUGCGGCGGCUGUGCGGCAUGCGGGCACUGCGCUGGCAGCUCAUCUCCGUCGUGGCCCUCAUGGGUGGCCAGCAGCUGUCGGGAGUGAACGCGAUCUACUACUAUGCAGACCAGAUCUACCUGAGUGCCGGCGUGAGGGACACGGACGUCCAGUAUGUGACAGCCGGCACAGGGGCUGUCAAUGUGCUGAUGACCGUGUGCACCGUGUUCGUGGUGGAGUUCCUGGGCCGGAGGCUGCUGCUCCUCCUCGGCUUCUUCACCUGCUUCGCGGCCUGCUGCGUGCUCACAGCUGCGCUGGCCCUGCAGGACACCGUCUCCUGGAUGCCUUACAUCAGCAUCGUCUGCAUCAUUGUCUACGUCAUAGGACACGCCAUCGGGCCCAGCCCCAUCCCGGCUCUGCUCAUCACUGAGAUCUUCCUGCAGUCCUCGCGGCCGGCCGCCUACAUGGUUGGGGGCAGCGUGCACUGGCUCUCCAACUUCACCGUGGGCCUGGUCUUCCCGUUCAUCCAGGUGGGCCUCGGCGCUUACAGCUUCAUCAUCUUUGGGGUCAUCUGCCUGCUCACCACCAUCUACACCUUCCUGAUUGUCCCCGAGACCAAGGGCAAGAGCUUCAUAGAGAUCAAUCAGACGUUCAUCAGGAUGAACAAGGUGGCAGAAGUCUCGCCCGACAGAGAGGAGCUGAAGGACUUUCCUCCCGACGUCUCGGAGUAGCCUACCGGGAGAGGAGCCCGCUGCGCGCCGUGUGGACCUUCCCCUUGGCCUUCUCUCCUGACUUGUGGUUGUGAGGGGCAGCCCGGCAGUGGGCCGCCCUGGUGCGGACGCCGCCCAAAAGCCCUGCUGUCUCUCCCCAGGUGGCCGUGGCCAGCCCCCAGUUCACGGACAGCCGCUGCCCUGCUGGGUGAGGCGUCACGAUGCCCCUGCUGUCGCAGCCUUUAUGACAGACAUAGUUCCCGUGCCGGCGACAUGGAGGGAAGCACGUUUUGUCAGAGAA